AUGGAUCCCCGGGGUUGGAGGACGUCCACGCUCUUGUCCCACUACAGCCACUCAGGCGAGGAUCAGAGAAGACCACCACCUGCAGGAGGAUCAGAAAGGACCACCACCUGCAGAGAGGACCACCAUCUGCAGGAGGAUCAGAGAGGACCACCACCUGCAGGAGGAUCAGAGAGGACCACCACCUGCAGGAGGAUCAGAGGAGACUACCACCUGCAGGAGGAUCAGAGAAGACCACCACCUGCAGGAGGAUCAGAAAGGACCACCACCUGCAAGAGGAUCAGAGAGGACCACCACCUGCAGGAGGAUCAGAGAGGAGACCACCACCUGCAGGAGGAUCAGAGAGGAGACCACCACCUGCAGGAGGAUCAGAGAGGACCACCACCUGCAGGAGGAUCAGAGAGGACCACCACCUGCAGGAGGAUCAGAGAGGAGACCACCACCUGCAGGAGGAUCAGAGAGGAGACCACCACCUGCAGGAGGAUCAGAGAGGACCACCACCUACAGGAGGAUCAGAGAGGACUACCACCUGCAGCGGGAUCAGAGAGGACCACCACCUGCAGGAGGAUCAGAGAGGACCACUACCUGCAGGAGGAUCAGAGAGGACCAACACCUGCAGGAGGAUCAGAGAGGAGACCACCACCUGCAGGAGGAUCAGAGACCACACCACCACCGGCAGGAGGAUCAGAGAGGACACCACCACCUGCAGGAGGAUCAGAGAGGAGACCACCACCUUCAGGAGGAUCAGAGAGGACCACCACCUGCAGGAGGAUCAGAGAGGACCACCACCUGCAGGAGGAUCAGAGAGGACCACCAUCUGCAGGAGGAUCAGAGAGGACCACCACCUGCUGGAGGAUCAGAGAGGAGACCACCACCUGCAGGAGGAUCAGAGAGGACCACCACCUGCAGGAGGAUCAGAGAGGAGACCACCACCUGCAGGAGGAUCAGAGAGGAAACCACCACCUGCAGGAGGAUCAGGAAGGACCACCACCUGUAGGAGGAUCAGGGAGGACCACCACCUGCAGAAGGAUCAGAGAGGACCACCACCUGCAGGAGGAUAAGAGAGGAGACCACCACCUGCAGGAGGAUCAGCGCGGACCACCACCUGCAGGAGGAUCAAAGAGGAGACCACCACCUGCAGGAGGAUCAGAGAGGACCACCACCUGCAGGAGGAUCAGGGAGGACCACCACCUGCAGGAGGAUCAGAGAGGACCACCACCUGCAGGAGGAUCAGAGAGGACCACCACCUGCAGGAGGAUCAGAGAGGAGACCACCACCUGCAGGAGCAUCAGAGAGGAGACCACCUGCAGGAGGAGACAACUCCCCAGACCCAGAAACAGAUGA